UGCGGCGCGAACGAAUUAUAUGAAGACCUUCCUGCGGACGAUUGCGUUGUCGGCGGCGUUGGUGCUGGGGCUUCGCGGAGGAGGCGGUCAGGGUGACCUGAGCGACGGAGUGCCUGGAGGAUCCACCUCAGCGGACGUCGAAGCAACAAAAUCGUUGCUGUACAAGGCGCUCGAGACUGCCACAUCGUCCUACGUGUGUGUCAACCGUAUAGUCUCGGUGGACCAGCAAGUCGUGGCGGGGAUGCACUAUACGUUUCACGUCCUCGCGUGCCCAGUCUCGUCCAAGCAAGAGAUGGUGGAAUCCUGUGCGACUGCCCAUUGUUCUUCGGAAGCUGCUGUGUCGUACUCGAUCGACGUGAUUGAAAAGCGAUGGAAAGACGAAGUGCAGCUCCAAUCCAUCACAAAGGAAGCGGCCGUGCACGAAGUCUCAGUCGGUGGAUGGAAGGAAGGGUCAGUGACCGAUGCCACGUCAGACUUUUAUGCUGCCGUCCAAAGCGAAUCCAGCUACGCCAACGCGAACAUCCCUCGAAUCUGCGCGAUCGAGCUCAUCUCGGUGAACCAGCAAGUCGUGUCGGGGAUGAACUACCAGUUUCACGUGAAUGGAUGUGCAGUGCCCACCGCCGCCGAGGCGAAUGCCGCGUGCGUUUGCGAGGACUCGGCGGUUCAUGCCUACACGAUUGCCAUAUACGCGCAGUCAUGGACGCAUACGUACAAGGUGACAAGCGUCACGGAGAAUCCCCCUGUCCUAGGGGGUUGGACUCGUCGCAGCAUUCAAGAGACGGACAAGGCGCGCUUCGUCCAAGCCAUGGAUGCUGAUACGAACAAUCCUCUGCACGUGUGUCCGUUGGAGUUUGUAUCGCUGGAAUCCCAAGUCGUUGCUGGGACCAACUAUCGAUACCACGUCAACGCGUGCCCGGUUGAAGAAAUGACUUCUUCUGGUGCAAGACCACUCGUCGCCCACGGCUGUCCGGCGUGCACCUCGGCCAUCGCAAGGAAAUACGAGGUUACCAUUUACAAGCCCCUAGAUGCAGCGCCGUCGCUCGUCAGCAUCAUCGACGUGGCGCGAAUGUCCUUGGGCUUACAAAGCCAUCGUUCAGCACACCAGGGGGCUAGCGAUUUGGGGCUCUUGGCCGUGCUCGUCAGCGGCGUCGUCGUUGUGUCGCUCUUGCUCGUGCACAAAAUGCGGAGAUCGCAGUACGAAAAGCUCAAAAACAUGCAGGUAGCGGACUGAACAUAACUGAGAUCCGUGUGCUUGUCCUCUGCCAAGGCUUUCCUCGUUGCAUGAAUCGUCCUCAUGGCAGGUUGCUGCAAGGACCUGUAGAAGAUAGAUCACCGCUGCCAACAGUACCAUCAUUGAACUUCCACCUUCACGACCACAGCACGCUACAACUGGGCCGUACACUUUUGAAUGGCCGAGACGAGGUCGACAUGUUUCAGCUUUGCAAGUUUCUUCUUGACAGGGCCUUUGGGUUUCCCGAAGAUGGCGUCGCACGCGGUGGGGUCGACCACAGCGUCGUUGAAUCCGUUGACGACUGCGUGGCGAAGGCCGUUGCAGGCAAAGAAGAUGCGGAUGGCGUACUCCUGGUUGGCGCGCAGAGAAAAGGACACCCCAAGGUGAUCCGAGAGUUUGGCUGUGAUGUCUGUGGACCACGGGGGGCCGGCCUUGAACCACUG